AUGGCGCAGCCGCUAGUAGUCAGAUGUAGUGUUAUUCUGCCAUGCGUCUUUCCUGAUCCGAUACAUGGAGAACAGUGGGUUCGGGUCUGCCUUGAAAGACGAGUCGCGCAGAUGUUGGUGCAUCUACAUUACGAAUCUCCGCCCGUGUCAUCUGUAGGUUUGUCACUUGUGCGUCUUAUAGCAGCUUACGUUUUCGUUUAAAGAAGAAAUACGUAGUGAAAGAUGAAUUGAUCUGCGUGUGUUAUUUACCGCAAGUAUAAUAUCUGAUGAUCCUUUGGACUCGGACUAGCCACAGACUUAGUUACGUUUCUUCAUUGAAGCUUCACAGAUUGCUAGAAGACGCCUGGAUUCAUGAUAACUGAGUCGCAUUACUUGGUCGAGAAAAGAAGCAGGGGAGACGAGGACAGACGGAACACACUCCGUGGUGUUUCGCGUUGAGCCUCUGGUGCGAGUUCUUUGCAGGCAAUCCGUGUAUCACUGGAGAGGCAUUGACGGCAAUACUGUGCAACACGACGUUGCGACUCAGCAACAAUCGAGAUGCGAAUUCCAGUCGACAGGAGGUAGGACCCUCGCGGGGUCGCUGCAGUAUCUGACAGGAACAGGGAAGGGACGGUAG